CCAGAAAAGCUGGAUGUGAGACUGGGGUUUGAUCUGUGUGACAAAGAGAAGACAUUUCUUCACAAACGUCAGCAAGUUGUAGCUGAUGCGCUAAAAAAAGUCCUACAGCUGGAGCAGGAUUUGGUGGCUGAAGAGAUUCCGGUUGUGGCUGUCAUGGCAACAGGUGGAGGAGCCCGAGCUAUGUCCUCUUUAUACAGUCAUCUGUGUGGGCUACGAAAGAUGGGCCUGCUGGACUGCAUCACAUACAUUGCAGGGGCCUCUGGGUCUACAUGGACCAUGAGUCAACUUUAUGAAGACCCUGAGUGGUCACAAAAGGAGCUUUCAGAUACAAUAAGCAAUGCAAAGAAGCAAGUGACCAGGAAGAAAAUAAACACCUUGUCAAUGCAGAGGCUGAAAUACUAUCGCAAAGAGCUCCGACAAGCUGCCAAGAAUGGUCAGAGAACGUCAUUUACUGACCUCUGGGGGCUGAUGAUCGAAUCAAUGUUCUUUAAUGGGAGAAAUGAAAGCAGGCUUUCUGAUCAACAAUCAGCCUUGGAGAAUGGCCAGAAUCCCUUACCUAUUUACCUGGCUAUGAAUGUAAAGCAGGAUGCAAUCAGCACACUGGACUUUAAAGAGUGGUGUGAGUUUACACCAUAUGAAGUAGGGCUUCUGAAAUAUGGUGCCUCCAUCCGCACAGAAGACUUUGGAAGUGAAUUCUAUAUGGGGCGGUUAACGAAGAAGCACCCUGAACCUCGUAUUUGUUACUUACAAGGCUUGUGGGGAAAUGUCUUCUCCUUGAAUUUGGUGGACACGUGGUAUCUCACAACACAGCUGGAUACUUUCUGGGACAACUGGGUGAAAGACAGAGUUAAGGACAUAGAUAAGGAGGACAUCCUACAGAGGAGAGAAUCGGCACACUUGAAAACCCGUUUGUUCACCCCACCCGGCACAGUCAACCAGCUUCUGAAGGGUGUACUGACCAACAGACCGAUAGAUGGACAGCAGCAAAACUUCCUGCGCGGACUCCAUCUACAUAAGGAUUAUCAUCAGCAAUCACAGUUUACUACAUGGAAAGAUUCCAGUUUAGACAACUUCCCUAACAAGCUCACCCCAAUGGCUGACAACCUGUGCCUUGUAGAUGCUGGUUACUUUAUCAAUGCCAGCUUUCCUCCAUUACUGCGGCCGGAGAGGAAGGUCGAUAUCAUUCUGUCAUUUGAUUAUACUCUAGAUACCCCUCUUCAGUCCGUGGAACAGACAUGUACUUACUGUACAACGCAGGGUAUCUGUUUCCCCAGAGUAUCUCUGAGUGAGGAGGACAGAAAGAAACACAAGGAGUGCUACAUUUUUAAAGAUGAAGAUAAUCCUAACGCUCCCAUAGUGCUUCACUUCCCUCUGGUUAAUGACACUUUCCGAACAUAUAAAGAACCAGGGCUUUUGAGGACUUCAGAAGAAAUGUCAGAUGGGGAUGUGGAUGUUACAGGAGCUUGGUCUCCAUAUUUUCUCACAAACUUUACUUACAGUGAACGAGACUUUGACCGGCUGAUGGAGCUGACACAAUAUAAUCUCUUAAACCACAAGGAUCUGAUCAUAAAAGCUCUCCGUACCUCUGUGGAGAGGAGGAAAGCCAGAAACCAGGGUCGGACUGACAACUCAUGGGGCCCCCCGGGCAAUAGGUGA